AUGGAGGAGGAGUACACGCGUAUCGCGGACAUCAUUCGCCACCGGGCCAAAACCCAUGAUAAGAAGCGCUAUCUCGUUGCCAUCGCCGGCGUGCCCGGCUCUGGCAAAACAACAACGGCAGCUGCCAUUGCGCAGCGUUUGAAUUCAGGGAAAACCCCUAUCCAGACUGAGCUGGUCUCUAUGGAUGGCUUCCACCUGUCGCGGGCGACACUAGACCAGCUUCCGAAUAGUGAAGAGGCAUAUAUCCGGCGUGGAGCGCCGUGGACCUUUGAUGCUGCCCGAUUCGUUUCCUUCGUUCACCAAUUACGGCAGUGGGCAGAUACAUUCUCCGACAAAACCAUCUAUGCGCCUGCCUUCCAUCACGAAACCAAAGAUCCAGUGGAGGAUAGUAUCAUGAUAUCGAGCGACGCGUCGAUCCUCAUCAUUGAAGGCAACUACCUCCUCCUGGAUGAGCCUGAAUGGCGCGACAUCGCACGACUGGUUGACUACCGUGUAUUCGUCGACACGGAUCUGCAAGAAGCACGGGACCGUGUGGCGAAGCGUCACGUCAGCGCGGGGAUAGAAAAAACGAUAGAAGAUGGGUAUCGUCGGGUCGACAGUAACGACUAUUUGAAUGCGCUUACAAUCCGGGACAAGCUGAUCCAGCCUGAUAUGGUGGUCCAUAGCAUCCCCGAGGAAUCACCAUAG